AUGGCUACCGGCUUGGAUGUUGGGGUUGCAGCUGUUACACUAUUUCAGGCAUCACAUCAGCUAGUCAAAUUAUGCAACCGGUCUUACCAGUCUUUCAAAUGUUCUUCUAGAAAGGUGAAACGCCUCAAGACAUCCGUCUCGACCUUCUCAUCGGUUCUCGAUUUCUUCCACAAGACUAUGACGGAUUUGGACCGACAAGGUCUGGCAAUAAGCAAGGAUCUCAAAGCAAGAAAACUACUCUAUGAUCUCACAAAGCAAAUUCAAGAAGCAGUGCACGAUAUCAAAGCAGCCUUUCAAAGAUUAGGUCCUCUUCAUGAUCCAAGUUUCUCUCCACUUGCUCGGGUUUGGGCCAAGAUGCUGUGGAUGUUUAUGGAUGAACAAGACUUGAAAGAGCUUUUGGCCCGUCUAGAGCCGAUGAAACUGAGCAUCCUGAUAUUUUCGUUCACAUUUAACCUUCAUCUCCAAAUGGCUAUCAUGGAUGAGUUACGCAGGUUGGGCCAGGCCACAGUCGACAAAGAGCGCGAAAUUAAACAUUUGAAAAAACGCAUCAAAUUGCUUGAACGAGAAUGCGAAGAGGCUCAGCGCGACUACGAGGCUUCACGUGCAGUCAAAGUGGUUAACAACAGCGCUGCUUUCCAUGGUCAGGCAACGCAGGAUCAAAUGAUUCGGGCCUUGGUGGAGAGGAUAGAGAAAUUUGCAAAUGAACAAGUUUCUGCCUCCAAGGCCAUCAUGACAGAGCUCAGAAGAGGCACUGAAGCUACAACCACUACAACCGGGACCAGCAAUACCUCCGACAGCCAUACUCCACAGCCUGGUACAGAGGGGCCUCCCAGUCCUUUAACUCAGACGGCUGUCCCGAGAGUAGAAUUAAAUGAGUAUCUUCUGCGACCCCGCACUGGUGAACAAGAAGCGUCGCUUGGACAAGAAUGCAUGGUUAUCUACCAAGGAACCUCUCAUGAGCAAGAAACGUCUCUGGAAGAAGAAUGCAUGUUUGUUAUCCAUGAUGACGGUACCCUUAUAACGGAAGAAUGGCGGCGGCCCCGAGUACCAGCACGCUCCGGCGACGAUACAGACUCGGUCAUAUCAAGGCACAGUGCAGCUGGCAGAUCGCACUAG